AUGUCAGAGUUUGAGCCAAUCAGGUCGUUGACUUCAGAUUUCAGCUUACAGGAUGAAGGCCCCUGUAACAUUGACGUGUUGGACGGCUCCACACUCUCACACCGAGAGUUCAUUGAAAGAUAUGCCUUCAGCAGACCUGUGAUCCUGAGAGGCCUCACUGAUAACACGAAAUUCCGGACGUUGUGCUCCAGGUCGAGCUUGCUAGAAGAAUAUGGCGACCGGAGAGUGCGACUCAGCACGGCUAACACUUACUCAUAUAAGAAAGUGGACGUCCCGUUUCAGGAGUACGUGGACGUUUUUCUAAGACCUCAGUCUGCGGACACACUCGGCAGCGACACGCUCUACUUUUUCGGAGACAACAACUUCACAGAGUGGCAGAGUUUGUUCGAGCACUACGAGUCCCCGCCGUACCUCCUGCCUCGCACCAGCGGAGCGUACAGCUUUGGGAUCGCAGGUCCUGGAACAGGCGUCCCCUUUCACUGGCACGGUCCUGGUUACUCUGAGGUCAUCUAUGGAAGAAAGCGCUGGUUCCUCUACCCGCCUGAUCAGGAGCCUCACUUCCAUCCGAACAGGACCACCCUGUCCUGGGUGAUGGAGACCUACCCCAACCUGCCCCAGGAGGAGGCUCCGCUGGAGUGCACCAUCAGACCCGGAGAGGUGCUGUUUUUCCCCGACCGCUGGUGGCACGCCACUCUCAACCUGGACACCAGCGUGUUCAUCUCCACCUUCCUGGGCUGAGCGUUGUCUCUGGCUCUCUGCUGGUUUGAUGUUGUGAAAAUGUCUGCUUUUAUUUGACUUUGUUCUCCGGUGCGAACGAGAAGAAAACAUAGACUGUCUGUGAAGCCAGGGCAGGUGAGUGUGAAGCCUGCAGUCUCUCUAGUGUCCAGCAGGGGGCGACUCCUCUAGUUCUUCUUACAUCAACACUUUCCUGAAGUUGUCGGAUUGAAAGUCUUCUUUAUUUCAGCAUAGUGUUCAUUUUAAAGCAGGGUAUGAUUUUAAGUGAAGCUACCUGUAAUUGAAAAAUUGUUAUGGAGGUGAAAUGAAAAUAAUGUGAGGACUGUGUUUUUAAUUUUGAGUGUUAAAAUCGACGCCCCUUUCAGUCAGAGACUCACAAACACAAUUUACAUUCAUUUCUAAAUUUUAACCCACAUGGUAUUAUCUCUGAUUGCUGAUUGUUAUGAAACAGAAGAUUCUAAAUUUCCCCUUUUAUAAAAUAGAUUAUUUUUUCUUGUUUGUAAAGAAUUUUAAUAAUUUGCACUAAAUGUUGUUACCAGCUAAACUAAAAGUUUGGCAACAGACAAAAAGUCCAAAAAGACCGUGGGCGUCGUCUCGGUGAUGGUUGUGGGUCCAGACGAUCCAGAGGAUAUCUUAACGAUCAGCAGAGCUUUGAAGUGACGCGUUCUUUGAACAUCGUUUGAUUUACUGACUGCAGAAACAUUCCAGAAUGUUCAGAGUGGCAGUGCAACAUUCCGGUGUGCAGAAUAUUCCGGAAUGUAGAACAUUCUUGAGUCGUUUUCUUUGUUCCUGAAGUCUUUUUAUUUAGAAAACAACAGUAAUGUGAUGAUGCAAUAUCAAGGACCAAAUUCUGCACACACUAAAAUCCUUGAAACGGUAUUCUCUGUCACUUUUUAUUUGGGAUCAGAUGUGAGAAUUAUUUAUGUACCAAACCAAAUCUAAUAAACUUUUAAAGAUUGA